AUGUUACCGACUCUGUUCUACUCCGAUGUCCCGUCUCAAUCGGAAGAUCAAGGGAGCCUCAGGAUGCCUCCGCGUUCCAGCAGCGGUACCGUCAACCUAGCGACACCCUAUAAUGCCUUUGAAGACGGGGAUUCGGACUCUGCCCUCUCUUUGGACUCCAGCGUUUUCUGCAGCGACUAUUCGGCAGCCCCCAGAGACCAUCUCACCAUUAACGUCGGGGGGAGCCGGUUUGUCCUAUCCCAGCAGACCCUCUCCUGCCACCCGCAGACACGCCUGGGCAAGCUAGCCACUUCCCGGCUUGAUGAGGUCCUUGAGCUGUGUGAUGACGCUAACUUGCUGGACAAUGAGUAUUUCUUUGACCGCAGCUCCCAGAUAUUUGAGUACAUCAUGAACUACUACAAGACCGGGCGCCUCCAUGUGAUGGAGCAGUUGUGUGCGGUCUCCUUCCUCCAGGAGAUCGAGUAUUGGGGCAUCAAUGAGCUGAGCAUUGACCAUUGCUGCAGGGACAGGUACUACAGGAAGAAACUGAAGAGCGAGAGCAUGGACAUCAAGAAAGAUGAAGAGGAGCUGGAGGAUGAAGAUGACGACUUCACAGGAGUUGCCUUUGAGGAGCUGAGGCAGAAGCUCUGGGACGUCCUGGAGAAGCCUGGCUCUUCUGUGGCUGCCAAGACCUUUGGCACGGUCUCCAUGACUUUUGUCGUCGUCUCCAUAGCUAACAUGGUCCUGAUCUCCUCCGAGGUCAACGCUAUAGACCACCCACUGUUGAAUGUAUUGGAAUAUAUCUGUGUCUCUUGGUUUACAGCAGAGCUAGUCCUUAGGUUCCUCUGUGUGAGGGACAAGUGCCGGUUCAUGAUGAGUGUAAUCAACAUCAUAGACUUCAUUGCUAUCUUGCCAUUUUAUAUCACUCUCUUGGUGGAGAUCUGCUUAGGGGAGAGUACCGACCUUGAAAACGUUGGGAGAAUAGUGCAAGUCUUGAGGCUGUUGAGAUCCUUGAGGAUGUUAAAGCUCGGCAGACAUUCAACAGGGUUGAAGUCUUUAGGACUGACGAUCGCCCAGUGUUAUGAAGAAGUUGGUCUGUUACUUCUCUUCCUGUCAGUGGGUAUUUCUAUAUUUUCUGCACUGGAGUAUGCUGUUGAAUAUAAUGUCCCUGACACAACCUUUACCAGUGUACCAAGUGCCUGGUGGUGGGCGACAACCUCAAUGACAACUGUCGGUUAUGGCGAUAUCAGGCCGGACACCACGUUUGGUAAAAUAGUUGCCUUCCUGUGUAUUUUGUCGGGGAUUUUAGUCUUAGCUUUGCCCAUUGCCAUUAUUAAUGACCGCUUUGCUGCUUGUUACUUUAUGCUAAAGAUGAAGGAAGCCGCACUGAGACAGAGGGAAGCAGUGAAGAAACUCAUGAAAAACAUAAGUACAGAGUCGGAUAUAAACGUGAAUCUGCGAGACAUUUAUGCCAAAAGUAUCAUGGAGAUGUUACGACUAAAAACCAGAGAGCGAGCAAGUACGAGAAGCAGUGGCGGAGAUGAUUUUUGGUAA